AUGACAAUGAUAACUAUUGAUUACAUAAAAGAUAUUAUAAAAAGAUCAGAUAAAUUAUCAGAGGAAAUUGACCCUGAUCAAACUCCAUAUAAAUCAAAGUAUGAAGCUAUUGAGUUAUUGAAAGAAUUAAAAAAAGAGAUAAAUGAAAAUGAAAAAGAAUUAAAUCAACAACAGCAACAAGAUAUAUUAGAUUAUUUAGUAGUUAUUGAUUCAAAACUUGGUGAAUUGUUUAUAGCAACUGAAGAGAUUACACUUGGUCUUAAUAUUUGUAGGGAUUGUUUGAAAUCAUUAGAAUCAAUUAAAAACAAAUUCCCAUUAGAAACAAUAUCAACAUUUCAAUCAAUUGCAAUUAUAGAUAUAAAUAAAAAUCAUUUUGAAAAUGGUAAACAACUCUUAAUAAAAUCUGAAAAUUUAAUUAAUCAAACUAUUGAAAAACAACAAGAACAAGAACAAGAACAAGAACAACAAUUUAAAGAUAAAUUAGAAUCAUUACAAUUACAAAAUUAUUUUUAUUUUGCACAAUUAUAUGGUUUAUUAAAAGAUUCAGAAUUGGUAAAUAUUAUUAUUAUUAUAAUUAUACAUUUAUGUAUAAAUUCAUCAAAAUAUUGUGAAUUAACAUUACGUAAACAAUUAAAAAGAAAUAAUUUUGAUAGAUUAGAAUGGUGUAAAAAUAGUUUAAUGUUAGCAGAAUAUUAUUUAUCAGAAUUAAAUUUUGACUAUGCAAAACAAUGUUUUUUAGUUUCAAAUUAUAUAUGUAAAGGGAUUGAAAAUGAAGAUGAUAGAGAAGAGACCCAAGCAAAUAUUUACUUGGUUAUGGCUAAAUUCUAUUUAGAAUUUUUACAUUUUUUUAGAGAUAUAGAGAAUUUAAAUCAUUGUCAUAGAGUUAACAACAACAACAAAAAUAAUAAUAAUGAAAAUGAUAUUGAUUUUGUUCAAGGUGGUUUAUCAUCUAUAUCAUUAUCAGAUAAACAAAAAGAGAAAGAGAAAGAGGAUAAAUUAUUUAACGAAAAUCAAAUUAAAAAAGAGAAAAUGUUAGAUUUAAUCUCUUUUAAUAAACGUUCUUUAAAUAUUGAUAAACCAUUAUUCACUGAAUUGGGUAGUGAACUAUUAGAUAAAAUUUAUAAUCAUUCAACUUUCACCUCACCAAUUGAUUUAAUAGUUGUAAAAGAUCAACCAUCUGCAAGAGAUAUCUUUUUAAAAUCUCAACAUUUCUUUAACAAAUCUAAAAAAUAUUAUAAAUUAGAUGGUUUUGUAUCACAACAUAUUAAAAUUUUAUUUGAUCAAAUUAAUUUAUUUGAAUAUUUAAAUAUGUUUGAAAGUAAUGCUGGUAGAAAAAUUGGAAUACAUAAGAAAAAGAUUGAAUUAAUUCAACCAUUACUAAAAGAAUUAAAUCCAACUUAUUUCUUAUCUUCAAUUAGAUCAAUUUAUUUUAAAAUCGCUGAAAUAUAUAGUGAAAUUUCAAAAAUAUAUCAAUGUGUUUGUACAAAUCUAAGAGAAAUUCAAACUUACAAUGAAUGUUAUAAUGAUGGUGAAGUACCAAAUUCACCAAAGAUUACUGAAGAAGAGAAAAUGAAAUCUAUUAUUGAGGAUUUUGAAGUUUAUAUUAAUGCAAAAUUAGAAUUAGCUGUUUGUCAUAAAAAUGUUAAAGGUGUUAAUAAAUUAGUUUUGGAACAUUUGGAAAAAUCUUUGAAUUUGUUUAGAUCAAUUAUCACUCUAUUAGAUUCUGUACCAAAAGAUAUCUCUUCAAGACAUACUCAAGAAUAUCAUUUAUGCUCCCAAAUGUCUUCAUUAUUACCACAGAAAAUUCAAUUUUUGUCAAGUAAUAAAACUCCAAAUCCAGGUCAAUGGGACAACACCAGACCAAAUCAAAUUAUUUUUUAA